AUGGCAGUAACUACUCGAGGGGGUAAGCAAAUCAUUGAUCCACCUAUACCGUCUGGUGUGGAAGAUGAGGUGAGAAAAGAGAAUGACGUAGUGGAAGAUAAUGGUGAGUUGGUAGAGAAAGCUGUGAAAGAAGCGGAGAUACCCCAAAAAGUGAUCCCCCUUCCUAGACCACCACCACCAUUUCCGCAAAGAUUGUUUAUGAAUGAUAUCGUUACUAAGAAGAGAUCGGUAAGUUUUGAGGAUUAUCACCGGAUGCAACAUUGUAAUACUAUUGGUACAAGGUCUCUUGUGCAAAAGGAAGAAGAUCCGAGAACUUUCACUAUUCCAUGUACCAUCUACUUGUUACACUUCACUAUAGCACUAUGUGAUCUUGGUGCAAGCAAAAAUCUCAUGCUUCUCUCUAUUUACAAGAAGUUGGGUUUGGGUGACCCAAAGCCCACUAUGAUGAAGUUACCAAUUUCCGAUCGAACGAUGAAGAGGCCUAUUGAGAUACUCCACGAUGUGUUAGUGAAGGUGGAGUCAUUUAUAUUUUCGGCCAACUUUGUGAUUUUUGAUUGUGAGGUGGAUUUUGAUGUGCUUAUUAUUCUAGGGAGCCCGUUCCUUUCUACCAAUCACGGCUUGGUUGACAUGGAAAAAAGGGCGGAUGAAGUUUACGUUAAAUUAAUGAAGAAUCAACUUUCAGCAUUUGUAGGUUCAUGA